AUGGCAUCAAUUAGUGAUUCAUUAGAUGAGUCCAAAGUGUAUGGCAUUAACUUCGCGAACAAGACAUCAGUUUUCUAUAAUGUCUUUAAGGCUAAUGACGGCGAAGUGAGCGCAGAGUUAAAUAGAUAUCGAUUCGCGUUUGAUGUCCAGUGGUUCCCAAUCGAGACACAGCUAUUGAUGAGUUUGUUUCGCACAUUAAUCGAGUCGACAAAAUCGGUUUUGCCAUUAGGUCUCAGUGACCUGUUGUCGGCCCCGUCAGAUGAUUUGCCAAAAUUUCUCGAAGUUUUCAAAUCGCAAGACUUAAGGCCUGGAGAGUCGCUGUCAUUGAAAUGUAUGGCAACGGGAACGCCAUUACCGAUGAUCACGUGGCUGUUGGACGACCUGCCCAUUACUGAGCUCAAUGGCCUGCGUUAUGGCGAUUAUGUGACCAGAGAUUCAAAUGUGAUAUCAUUCGUGAAUAUAUCGUCCGUGAGUACAGAGCACGGGGGCCACUGGGCCUGUAUGGCCCGGUCCAUGGGCGCCAGUGUCAGGUACGGCGCCAACAUUAACGUGUUGGGCGCGCCCUACGUGCGGCUCAUACCCAACAUGACCCUGGUCGCUCACCAGACUAUAUAUCUCAAGUGUCCGGUCGGCGGCAAUUACGAUGAAAUCCAAUGGGAAAAAAACGGAGUGCUUUUGCCCGACAAUCACAGACAAACACUUCAUACGAACGGAACACUCAUUGUUCGCGAGCUCUCCCGGGAAACAGAUGGAGGAAGAUAUUCGUGUUUCGCUAAAUACAAGGGCGAUAUAGCCAAACGUGAUUUCUAUAUAACCGUCAGAGAGAAGCCAGUGAUUGAGCCGUUUAUCGUUCCCUCGUUAGUACAUACGGGACAGCGGCUGUCCAUCACAUGCACCGUAAUCAGAGGCGAUCCGCCACUCACUAUCAAAUGGCUAUAUAAUGACCACAUGAUCGGCGAAGAGUCGCUCACCAGCUCUAUGAUCAAAGUCCAUCAUUUGACUGACUAUUCCUCGACAUUGCUCUUCGAAACGUUGACUAAGAAACAGACGGAGAAGCCCCGGUGGAUAAUAGAGCCGACGGAUCACAUAGACCUCGUCGAAGGCAAUAGCGUUUGGGUGGACUUCGCCGCCCGUUUUAGAGCCAAAUUCCGGGCCGAGACGGUCGCCAGGAAUCAGAAGGCGAUUCUCGUCUGCGAGGCCGUCGGCGAGCGGCCCAUCACUAUAGAGUGGAAUAGAGACCGACAGCUCAUCCAUACGGAACACCACUCCAACAGAUACGCUAUAAAGGAGACAGUAAUGAACGAAGGAAUCACAUCGGAGUUAGUCAUCGAAUCGAUUGAUAGAAGCGAUUCAGCGCUCUAUCAGUGCAUUACAUCCAAUGCCUAUGGAAAGGAUGAGACAAGUAUUCAAGUUAUAGUUCAAGAACCUCCCGACACUCCACUCGACGUCAAAGUGGAUGACAUAACCAGUCGCUCGGCGCGGGUGUCGUGGGCGCCCCCAUUCACCGGCAACUCCAGGAUUACAAAGUAUCACAUUUAUCUCAAGGAAAAUCCCACUGAACUGUCGCAACAAAAGCGCAAUAUCACUAUUCCCGGCACAGAAACCGUUUGGACGAUAUCAGAGUUAUUACCGAAUAAUGUGUAUUCACUAAACGUCGCGGCCGUCAAUUCGCUCGGAAUAAGUCAAUCGAGUCUUUCAAUCAAUUUUCAGACCGAAGAGGAAGUUCCCAGCGAUCCUCCGACUCAUAUCAAAGCCCAUUCAAACUCAUCCAAUACAUUGAGAAUCAGUUGGAAGGCGUUUAACUCGAAAGGUGCCGGUCCACCUUCUGAGCCAAUUAAAGACCGACCGAAAACGGUUACACUGAAUCCGAUAGGCGUUACCGCGUUUAGUGUCGACUUGGAGUGGAUUAGGGCACCCAAUGAUGACAACUCUGUAUCUGUAAUGGCCUGUAAUAAAGUCGGGUGCAGUGAUCGGCAUCACAUACAGCUCAAGACGAAGGGAAGUACACCGCAACCGCCCGACAAGGAGUCCUUAUUGGCUACAAUCAACUCGACAUUUGUGAUAAUCAAUUUGUCGGCGUUUAGCGAUAAUGGCUGUCCUCUGCAACACUUUCAGCUCAAGUAUCGCCCCAAAGAGACCACCGUUUGGACGCUUUACUCAAACUUUAUUCAUUCGUCACAAAAGUCGCUACUAAUUGAUGGAUUGUCGUCCAAUUCGUGGUAUUAUAUUCAGAUCACUGCCUACUCCCAGGCCGGCAGCAGUCAGGCUGAGUACAACUUCUUGACGCGUACGACUCACAACUAUAAUCUGAACGCAGACAUCAAUGAAGAGGCGGUGAUACUGAGCGACUACAAGACGUCUGUGCUGUUGGAGUUUGAAGUGAUUUUGCCAUUAACUCUGUCGGGUAUAGUGGUGGUGGCCGUCACACUACUGGUGUGUGUUGUGAUACACAGGCGCCACCCGAACGACACAUUCCACAGCUCCAAUACGAGUCGUAUGAGUAAUGGUAAGCAGAAUAUACUGAACGCCGACAACGAUAACGUGAAUCUGUGUGAUAUGGAUAAGACGGCCACCACCGGCACCGCUAAUCGCAACCAAAUGACUGCCGGUGCCGGUGAGUACCAAAUGUCGCACAACCAGCAGAAGUGUAUAUACUUUCCCACGCCUUACGCCACCACUCAAAUCGAUGAGACACUCGUCGAGUAUGUGGACAAUAGCGGAACCAUUAGGAAAGUGAGCGAUUGUGGUGGUGGUGGCGGCGGACAGUACGCCACUGUCAAGAGGAUGACACCUAAAAUGCAUCCCAAAAGCGAUCUCCAUAUAUACAGUUAUGCGGUGAAUUCGCAACGGAGUGCCGCCAAAGAGGAUUCCGAGGCACUCAUCACAUAUCUGGUUGAGCCCAUGGGUGGUGGCAAUGGUGGCGGACCCAGCUAUGGCGGACCCGCGCCCACACACUGUUGCACUUUCGUCGAUAACAAUCAAACAAAACUUAGUUUUUAAUACGAAAUGAGACAUAAAUAUACCUUAAUUUAAACAAAUCUUGUGAUAACUAAAAAAAAGAUAUUAUAUAUAAAACUUUUUGUUUUGUAAACCUUGUGACCAAUUGUAUGAAUCAAUUUUCUCGAGAAACAGAUUAUUGGUUCCCUCACUGAAUGUAUAGAUAAUGGACUGAACAGACAGUAAUGUUUGUCUUGUAAGGAGACGUAUGGCUAAUAAUUAUCGUCUAUCUUAUGCUCACACGAGUCGAUCCAUUAUCAGUCGGAAUGCAAUGAAAUAAAGCAUUCCUUAUGAGUGAACAUAAGACUGAAUAUAUAUAACCAAAAAAAAGAAGUAAAUGUUUUAUUUUUUGAACAGUCAAUGAGAUAAGACUCUGACAUACAUUAUAUGCCAUUUGAAGGGAAACAUGGGUUUGGGAAUAGACUUUGAAUGUAUAAUGACUUAAAAAGAUAUUAAUAUCGGUAUACUUGUGCCCGAAAUGCAAGGCUAACGACACCAAAGGGGUAACCAUUAUUGACUACCAUUUACUGCAUUUAAUAGUAAUUUACAACCAUUUUUUAUACCCACUUUGAAUCUGUGCCAUUAUUAAUAGCCAGUACAAAUUAUUCCCAUACGAUAGUCUGUACUGUGUAUGUGUAAGCGUAUGUGGUUUAAGUUAACACAAAUUGAAUGAGAAUUUAUUAUAUAAUAAAAAAUAAUUUUUACUGCCAAAAGUAAGUAAGAAAUACACCGUUAAAUAAAUUUUUAUGAUUUGGUGUACAACGCCCUCAACACACACACACACACUCACACAUACCUGUCCCCAUUGGAUAGGUCUUAAGAAUCCUCAAUAUAAGAGUGUGUUAUAUAAUAACUCACGAGUUAAUAGAAUAUAUCAAUAAUUUUUUGGCUGUUUUUCGCUUAAAACCCAUAAUUAUCUGUCCAUAAAAACCCUGUUAUAUAUCACACCUGAGAAUAAGACGGGAAUAUUAUUUACAAUUUAUACGACACUCAAUGAAUGGGUGUAUACUAUCUGUUGGGGUAUCUGUCAGCGAGAGAAGAGAUUUGUAUAAUUAUGUAUAAUUUUUUAUACCAAUAAACUAUUGAAUAUAUAACGCAUGAAAAAAUCAAAUAAAAUUUAAAUAAAAUACAGAUUUACACAGAAAAAAAAGUCAUUAUGAAAAAUUUGUUAAAUAUUUAAUUUUAAUUUUUAUUACAUUUAUUAGUUAAACGCUUUCACGAAACCAAUUGUUUUAUUACGAA